AUGACGGAGCACCGAAGGACUUUGAAGGUGCUCUCUGUACGGGGCCAAGUGCUGAGCAACUGGGACGUGGACCUCGAGCAGCGCCCCACAGCUGAGUUUACACACGUGUCUGGCAGUUUGAAACGGAUGAAGAGGGAGUGGGUUAUGCCAACAAUUAACUUUCCAGAAAAUGACAGGGGUCCAUAUCCUAAAUUCAUUGUUAAGAUCAAGUCAAACAAUGAGAAAAAGGUGUCGAUAACCUACAGCAUCACUGGACCAGGUGCUGACCAGCCCCCCGAGGGUGUUUUUACUGUCGAUCGGCGGUCUGGAGUGCUGUUCGUGACCCAGCCACUGGACCGGGAGAAUACAGCAAAAUACAGUCUGUGGGUCCAUACACUGAAUGAGGGCAUCAAGGCUGAGGAGCCCAUGGAGCUCAUCAUCAAUGUCGUUGACCAGAAUGACAACGCUCCCACAUUUACUCCGGACCUUUUCGAUGGCAGAGUGAGCGAAAGCGCCGGCACUGGUGACUCCAUCAUCAAGGUAACAGCAGUGGAUGAAGACGACCCACAGACGAACAAUGCUGUGAUACGGUAUAGAAUAAAGGCUCAGACGCCCACACUGGACGUGUUUGCCGUAAACCCAGUGAGUGGAAUGAUCAGCGUGAAGGCCGGCGGGCUGGACAGAGAGACUCAGCCAGAGUACCAGCUGACCAUUGAGGCUGCUGAUAUGGAGGGAGAGGGGCUAACGAGCACCUGCGCUGUCUUCAUCAGCAUCACUGACAGCAACAACAAUGCUCCACAAUUCACCGUCACAUCUAUAUCCACAUCAGUCCAGGAGAAUGAAGUUGGAGUGGAGGUAACACGAUUAGAAGUCACUGACGAGGAUGAGUUAGGAUCUCCAAAUGCCAACACCAAAUAUUCAAUAAUCAAAGGCGACGAGGGGGGAGACUUCCUCAUCACCACGGGCUCCGAGAGAGGGCGAGGAAUCCUUAAAACAGCCAAGGGGCUGGAUUUUGAGAGCUUACCUGCCUUUACUCUGCUGGUGGUGGUGACCAACGAGGUGCCGCUUUCUGGACUUGCGUCGACCUCGACGGCCACGGUCACCGUGACGGUCACGGACAAGAACGAGCCGUCUGUUUUCAGUCCAGCAGAGAUCCAUGUGAGCAUCUCAGAAGAUGCCAAAACAGAGAGCUCUGUGGCCGACCUCGGAGCGCAGGACCCCGACACAGCCAGGAGACAGAGCGUUAGAUACAAACUACAUAAUGACACUGCCAGGUGGCUAAGUAUUGAUACAGACUCAGGAUCAGUCAAAGUUAAAAACAACAUGGACAGAGAAUCACACUAUGUCAAAGACAGCAAAUACACAGUCCUGGUUUUGGCUUUCGACAAUGAUACCGUCCCAGCGACAGGGACGGGCACUCUGGUUGUGACUCUAUUAGAUGUGAAUGACCGUCAUCCUGUGAUCAAGCAGCGGAAAGCCAGGCUGUGCAAUAGAGAUCCUGUUCCUGCGCUGCUGGAUAUAGUGGAUCCAGACGGACCGGGUCAUGCUGGACCGUUUUCUGUGGAGCUUCGGGGAGAGCACCGGACCAACUGGACUAUGAACACCAAUUCCACAAUGUGA